AUGGAUCCCUCCAACCGCGACAUCCAACAGGGCAAAGUUUCCCGCGACGACCCACAGUACCUCAACUUCCCCAACUCCAAACCCGGCUCGGGCCUCAACAAGUUCAGCUCGACGCUGACGCGCGAACAUGACUUCCCCGCCGCCCAGGCCAUGCUGUACGCCGCCGGCGUCCCCAACGAGCACCAGCUGAAGAACUACCCGCAGGUCGGCGUGGCCAGCGUGUGGUGGGAGGGCAACCCGUGCAACAUGCACCUGCUCGACAUCGGCAAGGCCGUCAAGGCCGCGGUGCAGAAGCAGGAGAUGCUGGCGUGGCAGUACAACACCAUUGGCGUGUCGGACGGCAUCACCAUGGGCGGCGAGGGCAUGCGCUUUAGCUUGCAGAGUCGCGAGAUCAUCGCCGAUUCUAUCGAGACGGUGACUUGUGCGCAGUUUCACGAUGCCUGCAUUACCAUUGCCGGUUGCGACAAGAAUAUGCCGGGUGUGGUGAUGGGCAUGGCGAGACACAAUCGUCCGAGCUUGAUGAUUUACGGCGGCUCCAUCAAACCUGGCUACUCGAAGCUCUUGGAGAAACCGAUCAAUAUUGCCACGGCAUUGGAGGCGCAUGGUGCUUAUAUCUACAACAAUCUCUCCAACCCAAACAACCCCUCUCAAGGCAAGGAGGAGCUGAUUGGCGAAAUCGAGAAGCAAUCCUGUCCUGGCCAAGGUGCUUGUGGUGGCAUGUACACUGCCAACACCAUGGCCACCGCAAUUGAAACCAUGGGUCUUUCCGUCCCGGGCUCGUCUUCCAACCCGGCCGACAGCCCGAAUAAGAUGCGAGAGGCGCAGAAGGCGGCCGAGUGCAUCAAGAUUUGCAUGGAGAAGGAUAUCAAGCCUCGGGAUUGUCUUACCAAGGCUGCAUUCGAGGAUGCGUUGGUCAUGAUGAUGGCUUUGGGCGGAUCGACGAAUGGUGUCCUCCAUCUUUUGGCCAUGGCCGGGACAGCAGGCGUGGAAUUGACAUUGGACGACUUCCAAAAAGCCAGCGACAAGAUUCCCUUCCUCGCCGAUAUGGCGCCGAGCGGGAGGUAUCUGAUGGUGGAUCUGUUCGAGGUGGGAGGUAUCCCAUCCGUGCAGAAGUUCCUGAUCGCCGCCGGCUUGAUGCACGGCAGCGGCAUCACCGUGACGGGCAAAACGCUGAAGGAGAACGUGGACAACUGGCCAUCACUGAAGCAAGACCAACUGAUUGUGCACGGCCUCGACAAUCCCAUCAAGAAGACCGGCCACAUCGAAAUCCUCUACGGCAAUCUCGCCCCCGGUGGUGCAGUGGCCAAGAUCACGGGCAAGGAGGGCAUGAGGUUCCAGGGCAAGGCGCGCGUCUUCAACAAGGAACACGAGCUCGACGACGCCCUGAACAAGGGCGAGAUUCCGCACGGCGAGAACCUCGUGCUCGUUGUCCGUUACGAAGGACCCAAGGGCGGCCCCGGCAUGCCCGAGCAGCUCAAAGCCUCAGCAGCAAUCAUGGGAGCCAAGCUGACAAACGUCGCCCUCAUCACCGACGGCAGAUACUCCGGCGCUUCGCACGGCUUCAUCGUCGGCCACAUCGUCCCCGAAGCCGCCGUCGGAGGCCCCAUUGGCAUCGUGCAAGACGGCGAUGUCAUCACCAUCGACGCCGCGAACCACGUCAUCAGCAUGGACGUCAGCGACGAGGAGAUCAAGCGCCGCCAGCAGGCGUGGAAGCCGCCGCGGAUGGAGGUGACGCGGGGCGUGUUGGCCAAGUAUGCGCGGUUGGUGGGCGAUGCGAGCCAUGGGGCGAUGACGGAUUUGUUCUAA